AUGGUCACAAAAAGAUAUCACGUCGCAUCAGUAGCCCCAACAACACAAACACCAACCGAUCAGUCAGUCACGACUACAACUACCCAGCAUGCCACAAUACCUUUCCGCAAACAGCUAAAGGAUGAAGCAAGGAAACGAAAGGCGGACACGGCGAGCCGCCGGCGGAAGGAGGACAAUCCAAAACUUAACAGAUGGGAGUUGACCGUGGGCAUUGAGAUACACGCCCAGCUGAAUACCGCCCGGAAACUCUUUUCGGGCGCCGCAUCCACCAUCAACGAUGAGCCGAAUACCCAUGUUGCCCACUUCGAUCUAGCAAUGCCAGGCUCGCAGCCGAUCUUCCGAAAGGCGACACUUCUCCCUGCUAUUCGCGCCGCCCUUGCCCUGAAUUGCAAAAUCCAGAGGCGAAGUAAAUUCGACCGCAAGCAUUACUUCCAUUGGGAUCAACCUGCAGGAUAUCAAAUAACACAGUACUAUGAACCCUUUGCAAAGGAAGGGCACAUUACGCUUUAUGCACAUGACGGGAUCGCGGAGGAAGACGGGGAGCAAAUCACCAUUGGUAUCAAGCAAAUCCAGAUGGAGCAGGACACCGCAAAAACCCUUUCUCAGCCAGGGGACAUACAUCUGUUGGAUUAUAAUCGAGUUGGUUUACCGCUAAUCGAGAUCAUCACACUCCCACAAAUACACCAUCCAGCUACGGCAGCCGCUCUGGUCCGCAAGGUCCAGGUUAUUCUCAACGCAGUAGAUGCCUGUGUUCUUGGCAUGGAAUCUGGUGGAUUGCGGGCAGAUGUCAAUGUUUCCGUGCGAAGACGAGAUGGCGAUGUAGGCGAUCAUGAGUACGGGGGUGUAAAAGGGCUGGGCCAACGAACGGAAAUCAAAAACCUUAGCAGUUUCAAAUCUGUUAAAGAUGCUAUCGUUGCAGAGCGCGAUCGGCAAAUUGAUGUCCUCGAGUCUGGAGGCCUGAUUGAAGGAGAAACUAGAGGUUGGACAAUCGGUAGCACCGAAACGAGGAGACUAAGGGGAAAGGAAGGAGAGGUCGAUUACAGGUACAUGCCAGAUCCUGAUCUAGGAGCCGUUAUUAUUGGCGACGAUCUAAUCGACUAUCUCUCUCAAAAUCUUGGGGUUCUUCCUGAACAAGAAGUGCAAGCUCUUGUAGGCGAGUUUGGCUUGACCUUUAAAGAUGCGGCAUCUGUGGUGUCGUUGAAUGAUGGGGGACGCUACGAAUAUCUCCGAAGCGUGAUAGAUGACUUCCUGCUUCUCAGCCCCGACGACGAUCUCAAGAGAGUAGGGAAGCUUUGCGGUAAUUGGGUUUUACAUGAGAUGGGUGGGUUGACUCAUCCCGGCGCUGAUGAAGAUAACCCUCUUGGGAUGGCUAAUGAUGGGAAUUGCAUUAUCCCUCAUAACCAGCUAGCCAAGCUUGUAUAUCUUCUCGAUAUUCGCAAGAUUACAGGGAAGUCGGCCAAGAGGAUCCUUUCGGAAUUAUUUGUGUCAGGGUUGGCCGGGAAUCAACGGUCGACCGAAGACUUAGUUGAUGAAGCAGGCUUGUGGUUCUCGCCGUUGUCUAAUGCAGAGUAUGAAGGAUUGGCCAGGAGCGUUAUAGACCUGAAGGUUGUUGAGGAGAUUUUGGCUGGGAAGGAGGGUAAAAUUAACUUCCUCGUCGGAAAGAUGAUGAGAAAAGACGGGGAUGGGAGGGUAGAUCCCCAAAAGGCAACAGCUAUCUUGCGCCAAAUUAUUGAUGAGUUUAGGAAAUUAUAG